AUGCCAAAAAGAAAAACAUACUUAAUUGCAUCGUUACUCGAUGAAUGUAAUACGCAGAAUGACAUUCAUUGUGAUACUGUCAAACCGAUUGAAAUAAUAAAUAAGGAAUGCGAAACAUUACGGGAAGCAGGGUGCUCGGGAUAUAAGGAAGAACAAGAACAAACUGUAGCAUCGAAGUCUCAUGGAGCUCUAUGGAGAAGAGCUUUACCAAUGCCAUUAAUUAGAAAUCAAAUACAGAAUUUUUCUGAAAAUGAGUCAUCUCAAUAUUUUUUGUACAGAAUGCCAGUACAAACACAUUUACAGGCCUUAGCACCAUACAAUAUGCCGUGCUUAUCACAACUGAUGAGUACCCGUUAUCAACUUAUGCAAAUGCAACAAGCUGCAGUGCAGCAAUUGUCAUCGUUAUCACUAACAUCAGCGCUAUCACCAUCAUUAUCAUCAUCUACUUCAGUGACAUCUGUUGAUCAGCAAAUUUCGUCCAAUCAAAGUAAUUUUUGCUUUCUUUCUUUAAAAUUACAAUUCUAUGCAAAAAAGUGGAUAUAA